GCGCGGGCCUGCAGCCUGGGGCCCCAUCCGGGAGAGCUGGGCUCGCCGCGCGCUCGCCGCGGGCGCCGCACUCCGCCUGGCUCCGGAGGCGCGGGGGCGCACCAUGCCCGCAGACACCCCAGGGAAGCCCAGAGCCUCGCCGCUGGCAGGAGCGCCGGCCCGCGCCCACAGAACCCCGAAUGAGCCCCGAAGCGCGGCGGAGCACCGGAAGUCCUCCAAGCCGGUCAUGGAGAAGCGGCGCCGCGCGCGCAUCAAUGAAAGCCUCGCGCAGCUCAAGAGCCUCAUCCUGGACGCCUUCAGGAAGGAUAGCUCCCGCCAUUCGAAGCUGGAGAAAGCAGACAUCCUGGAGAUGACCGUGCGGCACCUGCGGAGCCUGCGGCGGGUGCAGGCUGCAGCCGCGCUCAGCGCUGACCCCGCCGUCCUGGGCAAGUACCGCGCCGGCUUCAAUGAGUGUCUCGCGGAGGUGAACCGCUUCUUGGCCGGCUGCGACGGCGUCCCGUCCGACGUUCGUUCUCGGCUGCUUGGCCACCUGGCGGCCUGCCUGGGCCAGCUGGGGCCCUCGCGCCGCCCGGCUCCACCGCCCCCCUCUGCGGAGGCCCGGGCGCCGGAGGUCUUCCCGGGUUGCCCGCAGCUCCCGGCGUUCGACCGCCCCUUCCCCUUGCUGCGUCCUGGGUCCGCCUUCGCGCUGCGGCUCCCGCCAGGCCUGACUGGGGCGCCCCGCAACGCCCCCAGGGCGGGGCUGCAGAACCGGGGCGCGCCCUGGAGGCCGUGGCUGCGGUGAGGCCUGGACCCUCACUGCUGCGGAGGCCGCACCCGGUUCUGGGGCCUCGGAGUGAGCCAGGGGUUUGUUUCCAGAGGCCGCGUCCAGGCCGUUCUCAUCUGCUGUUGUCUGUGCGGAGACUAGUCUGCAGUUUCCUUCCUAACUGCGGCCCCUUAGUUCUGGGCGGAGGUGGUGGGGGGUCUGCUGGUUGCUUUGUGCUGGCUUCUGCGGCGGGACUGCGGGUGCCCUUGCCCCGGCUCUGUGCCCCGCAUGGGGCCCUUCCUCUAGCCCCCGGGCUUGGCCCUGAGCCAUAUGGGCCCUCGAGGAAGUGUGGGGACGUGAGAAGUGGCUCAGGGGAGUGACAGGCCGCGCAUUUCCCACAGCGCAUCCCAGUUCUGGAGAGCAGUCCCGCCACAUCACUGGGCAAGGAUUCUUGUCUGUUUUUUAAGGUACUUCAGCCCACUCCCACUCCUGUGGACCUCAAAAGGUGGAGACAUUGACCACCAGGACAUUGACUUGUCCUGGGCCGCUGAGCUGUGGCGAGAGGUGACCAUGUCCUGAAGUUUCUGUUCUGGCUUGGUCCACUCCCUCCUGUGUUCUCAGGGUCAGCAUGAAGCUGCGGGACUGAGCCUGCUCCAGGCCCUGUCGGUUCAGGAGAAGAGAGCCGGCAGGAGAGGGUGCCUGAGUCCCAAGGACAGGCAACUGGGGCAAGGCUGGCCAAGAGUGCUUCGUGCCAGGAUCCGGUGGAGGGGUACUGUCCCACCCGAGUCCAGUCCUGCGGUGUGCCCUGGGAGGGGGGGUCUCCCCCAGUGAGAAAACCUGGAGGCUGGGCCUGCCCCUGCCCCUGCCUCUGUUCUAAGCCCCUCCCAGGGCUGCUCUACAAGCCCUGGCAGUCAUGGCCAUCAGCCUUGAGUCCCUGUCCCGCGACCCCAGGUCUCCCUGAGCUGCUGCUGGGGGCUGGGCUGCAUUGCAACAAGGGGGUGACCUGGGACAAGUGGAGACUGGGAUGUCUCAUCCUGAGCCAUUAGAUGCUGAGCCAAGACUCACUUCCCAACUCCAGCCAAGUUCAUCGGAUGGUUGCCGGCUGCUUGCCUGGCCAGGGCCCAUCAAGGAGAAGGAGGGUGAGUCACUGCUAGAGGUUAGCUUGCUUUUCCUUUAGUGGCUUCUGUGGCUGUGUCCCCGGCAGGAUUCACCUGGGCUCUCCUGCCCUCAGCUACGCUUACCCUGCAGGGACCUCCCAAUCCCCACCAAGCCAGUCACCCCUGCCCUCUGGUUUCCUCGCCUAUCUCCCUGAGUCAAGGGUCUGGAUCUGUGUCCUAGAUGGUGGCGGCCACAUGGGCCAAGUGCUGUGCCCUUGGACAUGUACACAGUCAAUGAUCCUGGCCCUCGGGGAGCUACAGAGUAGUCCCUCUUUCUUCAGAUUUGGGGCGUCAGCAGGACUGGGGAGGAAGAGGUGGUCACACCUGGGACGCUCUCUUGGCCGGAGACUAGCCCUGGGUCUGUUGCUGAAGCUGGAAGCUCGACCUGGCUGAGGAAGGGGAGUAGCUCAGGGCCUCAGGGCAGAAGCUGGAGGGGUGCGGGGAGCACUUUGGGGUCUGAAGCCUGGGGGGUUGGAAGGGGAUGAUUAGGGUCUGUACAAAGCUGGGGCCCACACAUCCUGCAUGAACAAGAGGGACCUCCCUACCUGUGUGGCCAGAGGCAAAAGGGCUCCCUGGGGAAAUAUCCUGGGACUUGGGCCACCGACUCUCCCUCCUCCCAAGAGAGGGCAGGGAUAACUCCAGGGUAGACCCCCGCCUCCCGUUCACUCCCCACCUCACUUCCUGUCCACCCCCCCCCCCCCCAGUGCCGUGCUACAUCCCACUCCCUGUUUCUGGUACUCUCUUCUCCACCGUGUUGCCAAAGGGAGCUUGGGAGUGAGGGCCCACCGAGGACCUCUCAGGCUCUGCGGGGACCACACGCCGUCCCUCCGACAGGCAAGCCCACCUGUCCUCUGUCCCUUUGAACUCAUCCUCCCUGCGGGAAUCCCCGCCCCGAUUGCCCACUGGAGGCAGCCACGCCAGGCUCCGUGGGCCCCAGAGGCUAACGCCAUGUCUGUGUGCCUCAUUUGUCCCCAGCGCCUGCUUGGAACAGUUGGAUUCCUACUGACCUGAUGAACUGAAUGACAGAGGCAGGAGGGUUGGGAAGGGUUUCCGAAGUACAGCCGACACAGGGUUCCGUUAACCCCACGUGCACAGCAGAGCGAGUGGACGGUUGCUGAACUGUUCACCGCUGUCAGGGCGUUGUUAGUGGUGCUCGCUGCCGUCAGAGCAGCGCCGUGUGGCAGCAGCACUCCGGGGGCGCCGCUGCCCGCGUCCCUCGUGCGUCCGGCUCCUCACUCUGUGGGGACUCACCACCCCUGCGGCUGUCCCUCCCACCCCCACCCCCCUUUCCUCUGAGAAACACCUGUUUGUUCUCUGAAUCUAGGAGUAUUUUUUCUUUAGGAUGUUAUUUUUAAGUCAUCUCUACACCCAGCAUGGAUGGGGCUGAGCUCUCAGUCCCGAGACAGAGUCCUGUGCUGCACCAGCUGAGUCAGCAGGCUCCCCAAGCAUACUUUUUGUUUGUUCAUUUGUCUAGUUUUACAGAUUCUACAUAUAAGUGAAAACAUGUGGUUUUUGUCUUUGUCUGUCUGACUUGUUUUACUUAGCAUAACCUCUUCUAGGUCGUCCGUAUUGUUAUAAAUGGACAAUUCCAUGCUUUUUUCUGGCUGA